CGCACACAGCACACAGAAACACACCUGACGGCACGGACGGAGGGACUGCGGAGGCGGCACGUGGGGAGGACGAACGACACACGACAGCGCGCGACUAUCGCAAGACUCAAUCUCUGAAGACGACACACGAACGAAGAUUUGCGACUUGGUGAAGAAAAUCCGACGACAGCGAACAAAGACUCGCGACAAGUACAAGUACAGAUCAACUCAUCAAGGUUGAAGUACAACGAUGCACAAGACACCCCUACUUUUCAUAAUGGUGACGGCCCUGCUGGUGGUGCAGGAGGCUCAGAGCGUUGCACUCGGGAAAGGUCCACUCAGGAGCAGGAGACAGACGGAGGUAUCCGUGACACAGGAGAAGAGCCGGGGCCGGGUGGAGCAGGCGCGCCUCGUCUGGCUGCACUCACUACUGGACGCACUGGCGACGGCCGAAGACGACCCUCUGGUGGAGUUACUGUUCCCAGACGAGGAGCUCGAGUCGCCGUCUUCCACCGAUUCCGGAAGUGACGACGUCGACCGUCGGCGAAGGAAGAAGGACGCCUCGCGUCACUUCCGGUUGGGCGGUUACCUCGGUUACCGGCCGGCCGCGCAGGCGCAGAGCAAGCGGAACCUGAGCGAGUACCUGGUGAAGAGCGACGAGCAGCGCUUGAAACGCCAGGCCCUGCUGGCAGCGCUGCUGGGAUUGGUCGACGAGGCGCUCUUUCACCCGGAAGCAGCGGGGAAUGCCGGGAGUGACGGGGUCGUCGGGCCGAACGCGUACGAAAAGUUCAUCGCACAGAACCAGGCCGAGCAGUGAUGGGACAAAUUUUGGCAACGUGUAACCUUAGCACUCACGUGACUCUGACGUCAUCAUUCUACGCCAUGUUAGAUGGUUAAACCUGGAUGUCAUUUGAUAGAUGUGAAUUUUAUAAUUACAGGCACGUAAAAAUGGCGCUUCCAGGUUUAACCACCCAACAUGGCGGGAAUGACGUCACUCUGUAGAGCACCUCGUACAGUGAAGAGAAUCACUCAAGAAUUACUGUUAGACGAUUAGAAAUUAAACUUAAACCGUUUAAGCAUCUUUUGUGCACUCAUGACUGUAUCUUCUUCUUCCCACGACGUAGGCACUUGAAUGAUUGACGACAUGAUGACGCUUUCCCGCCGUGGUUCUUGAAUGUUUGACUGAAUAAAGAGAUUCUUUUUACACAACCAAGUCUUUUAUUCAGCCGACGUUUCGGUGACCGCAGUGCAAUGUGAACCAGCCGAAUUGCCCUGAGGAAGGUGACAGACGGUCACCGAAACGUCGGCUGAAUAAAAGACUUGGUUGUGUAAAAAGAGUCUCUCUGGUCAGUGUCCUACCAACCUGAUGAAACAUGGAUGUUUGGCUGAAGUUAGUACUAAAGACACAAGCGUGCACACGACAGGAGGACGAUAAAAUCUAUGCGUCCUCAAGCGAUAAGGUAGCAGAGUAAUGAGUUACAAACCAUGUAAGUAGCGACUCCAGUUAAAGAUUUCCAUUUAGAUUAGUUAGAGUAAGUCAUUUUCAGAGUGUAGACCGUCCCGAGAACAUGUCACUCUGAAGGCAGGUUAUAUUUCAUAACAUCAUGUAUUUAUUACAUAUUUCGCAACAUAUCUAUGACAAUAUUUAUUUGUUAUUUAUAGAACGUCAAACCUCCCGGUCUGACAUCUUGCACCUUUGUUGUAAUCGUUAUCUUUAGUGCACUCAAGUGGUGAAAUAAUGGGCACUCAUCUGGUCGGAUAAUGGGCACUCAUUUGGUCGGAUAAUGACCACUCGUGUGGUGGAAUAAUGGAUGUAUAGUGUAUUAUUUAAUGACGUGGAGGUUUUUCUACCUACGUUGCUCUGACGCCUUCCUAAGUAUUGACAUAAACCUCCAAAGGUUGUAACAAAGAUAACCAUGUAAAACAGACCAGAGAAAAGCGGAAUUUAAACUGCAAUAAACAUGGAGGAAGUAUGAUGAA